GAUCAGCUGCUUCUGUCUGAUCCGGAUCGGCGCCUUCUGUCUGUCGGAUCCAACAUGGCGGCCUCCGCGGCUUCGCGUGAGCUGUUCACGGAGGGAGUCCGAGCGGUUCUCCACACCUGGCCGGUUCUACAGGUGUCGGUCCGUCUGCUGCAGCUGUUCUCUCAGUGGCAGCAGGGGGCGCUGCAGCCGCUCAAACACACCAUCAACACUCUGACACAGAACCAGAACCAGAGAGCAAAGGUCACGGCUCCGACCAGCCAGUCUGAUGACGACAGCGACGACGGAGCUCAGGGAAUGGAGUGUGAGGCGGCGGCUCCUCCGGUCAGCAGGUCGCAGCCUCGUGCUCCUCAGGACGAAGACGAGGACGGCUGGACGCUGGUGAGGAAGAGGAAGUGAAGAAGAGGAGCAGCUGAACUUUGACUCCAGGAAGAGACUUGAUGAGCUUCCUGUUGGAGGCGUCAGACGUCCAGACGGCCGGCGGUCGGACGUUCAGGGUGGAAACCAGCAGACUGUGUUGUUUUAUAUUAAACGUGUUUACAAACCGCUGUCAUGUCA